GCAAAACACAGUUAGCCCAGGAGUUUUGACUUGUGUUGGCUUUCUGAGAAGUUCGAAGCUAUGAAAGGAAUUACUGUGCUUCUUUUUCUGUUACAGGCUACAGCUGUUAACACAGGGUCACACUCUCUCUGGGCAUUUGCAACAUUUAUAUAUGGACAGACCCAAUUCCCAGAAUUCAGUGUAGUGGUUAUGUUGGAUGAUAUGCAGGUGCUAUACUAUGAACACAACAUGAAGACAGUGAUCUUUCGAAGCCUACCAAGCUCAAAAAAUGUUCCAGAUAUUAUCCUUGAAGGUGCAAAGAUUGUGAUGGAAGACAUUUAUAAUUACAUGAGAAGUCCAGCACACCGUGUAAACCUCCUCUCCAAUCAUGCUGCAGGAGUUCAUGUUCAUCAGGGGAUGGGUAGAUGUGUGCUGGACAAUGACAAGCCCAGCCUGGUCAUGGUUUGGGAAGCUUAUGAUGGAGUUGAAGUGACACAUUACGACAUGCAUGCUUGCACAGUCAACCCUCUAUGGCCACAGCUUAUGUGGACCACAAAGAAAGAAGAAUCCUAUCUAAUGGAUUAUACAAAUGUUUAUCAACCUAUUUGUAUCAAAACACUGAAGUACUAUAUGGAGAAAGAGGAGAACAUUGUGUUUAGAAAAGAGCGCCCCAGAGUCAGGCUGAUCCACAAGCCAUGCACUGAGACUGGAGAAAUGAAGGUGAGCUGUCUGGCCACGGGCUUCUACCCCCGACACAUCAACCUGACCAUGCUGAGAGACGGGCAUCCCAUCCCAGAUGAGGAGCUGAUUCUGGGGAAGGUGUUACCCAAUGGAGACGGGACCUACCAGACAAGGAGGACCCUGAGUAUCCGUUCAGAGGAACUGAGAGAGAGACAUCAUUACACCUGCUCUGUCACACAUCUUACUCUGAACAACAAGCUGGACAUAAACUGGGAACCAGAGGAAGGCUCAGAUGUUGCAGUCAUCAGUUCUCUGGCUGUAGUGCUGUUUCUGGUUCUUGUCUCUACCAUCCUUUUAUUUGUCAUCUAUAAGAGGAGGCGCAGAGUCACUUUGUAGUUUCCUAGACCACCCUGAGAAUUGACUCUGCAUCCUGGCUGCUUGCUAAAGUUUCAGAGUCAGAAGACACAGCUUCACGCUCCUCUAUCUUCAUGCCACAAGUGCAGGCUAUUAUUUGUACAUCAACAUAUAGGCAACAGCACCUCUUUUUCUAUUUCACCUGUCAAGUUCAUUUGUAUAUAAUGUACAUGCUGUAUAUAUAUAUUAAAAUAUAUAAUAAUAUAAAUGAUUAUAGGAAGGAUGUGAGAGUGAGAAUGAGAGUGUGGGUGUGAGAAUGAGAGUGAAAAAGAGUAGGAAGGAGAGUCGGCUGUCCAGCCAAACGGAGUAACCAGGCAAGAAGGGUCUUCACCAGGGAGGUGGCCAAGAACCCAACGGCCACUCUUACAGAGCGUUGGAAGUGGAGAUGGGAGAACCUGCCAGAAGGAUGACCUUCUUAGCAGCACUGCAGGCCUUUAUAAUAGAGUGGCUAGGCACAUGACAGCCCACUUGUACUUUACAAAGCAGCUGAGGUCUGAGAGAAUGAGGAUAUAUUCUCUGGUGUGAUGAGACAAAAAUAGAAAUCCUUGGGCAGAACUACCCUCAAAGGGGCUUCUACAAAGUACUGAAUUAACGGUCUGAAUACCUAUAUAAAUGUGAGAUUUCAGUUUUGCUAAAAAUGUUUUCACUUUGUAUUUAUGGGCUAUUGUGUGUAGAUUGAUGGGAUUGUAAAUUGUAUUUUGUCCAUUUAAAAUUAAAUCUACAACACAAUAAAGUCUGCAAAAAGUAAA